UCCAGUCUGACCCGGAGUUGAACUGCACUGUGCAGGGAGCCGACACUGAAGCUGCAUCCGUGGGAGGACUAUAAAUUCCCUCUCCUUCUACACGAUCUCCCCCACCACCUUCUUCUUUCUUCUUCCUUUGCUCUUCAUCAGUAGCUCCCAUGGCUGCUGCGGUUGAAUCAGCUCCGGUAAUCGGGGACCUGGUUGAGGAACCACCUGCUCCCCUCGGGGAUGAGCCAGAGCCAGAGCCAGCGCCAGAAGCCGAGGCCGAAGAGGCUGCUGAGGAGGAGCCCAAAGGAGGAGGAGAAGAAGAAGUGGUGGCUGCAGCGGAAGCAGAGGAACCAGUAACAGAAGAGGCAGAGGCUGAGGCUGAGGCUGAGGUGGAGGCAGAAGCGGAGGCUCCGGUCGCCACGGAGCCUGAGGAGGAGCCCGCCGAAGACCCAGCCGCCGAGAGUGAACCGGCGGCAGCUGAGCCGGAGGCUGAGGAGGAAGCGCCGGACGAGGAGGCGGAGGCAGAGGAAGAGGCGGCGGCGCCGGCCGAGGAGGCUGCGGAGGCCAGUGAUGAGUAGUAAGAUGAUCUGCGUCAUGAUCGACGGAAUAAGAGUCUGUAUUAAGCAUGAUAAUUAAUAGUUAAUGGUAAGAAUUAAAGUGUGUUUAGUGGUUCUGUUAUUGGUUAAUGUGAGUGUGUGCAUGAAUUGUUGAUGGAGAUUAGAUAUUUAAUGUCUGUAAUUAGUAUUAUUAUAAAGAGUUUCUUUCUUAAA